GGACCCGCCCUAGCUGGCAUCAAACCUGUGAACUCUCCAGAUCAGAUCCAGACUCAGAACCUCCAGGAUCCAGACUCAGGAUCCAGACUCAGACCCAGGACCCAGCACCAUGGCGGGCAUCGCCUCCACACUGCAGAAGCGCCGGGACCAUGACCGGGGCAUCGGGACCCACAGCCAGGCGCUGAGGUACCUGAACCAGGACUACGAGUCUCUGCGGCAGCAGUGCUUCGAGUCCGGACACUUGUUCCAGGACGAGUCGUUCCCGGCUCUGCCCUCCUCCCUGGGCUUCAAGGAACUGGGCGCUGGAUCCUACAAGACCCGGGGGGUGACCUGGAAGAGACCGACGGAGCUGACCUCUGACCCCGAGUUCAUCGUGUCUGGAGCGUCCAGGACCGACAUCUGUCAGGGAGCUCUGGGUGACUGCUGGCUGCUCGCCGCCAUCGCCUCUCUGACUCUGAACGAGGAAGUUCUGGCUCGAGUAGUUCCACACGGACAGAGCUUCCAAGAGGGAGAGUAUGCUGGAAUCUUCCACUUCCAGUUCUGGCAGUUCGGGGAGUGGGUGGACGUGGUGAUUGACGACCGUCUGCCCGUCAAAGACGACGAGCUGAUGUUCGUCCACUCGGCGGAGGGGAGGGAGUUCUGGAGCGCUCUGCUGGAGAAGGCCUACGCCAAGUAAGUA